AUGAAUACCUAAGUUAAUGAAAAUGAUCCACUAAAAUCAGAAGAUAAGAAACAAAAUGAAUCCGAUGUUCCUUACUUAAAAUUAUACAGGUUUGCCUCCAAAUUUGAUUAUGGUCUUAUGAUUCUCAGUAUGAUAGGAGCCAUUGGAAAUGGAUUAUCUAUGCCAAUAUAUUCAAUAAUAUUUGGUGACCUUACUGAUUCUUAUGCAUAUGAUGAUGACUAUACUAAAAUAAAAAAAGCAGGAUUCAAUACAUUGUAAAUAUUUUAUGGAAAUAUUAGAUAUAUGGCAAUUUUGGGAAUUGGUACUUUAUUAGUGACAUUGUUGAUGUAUGCAACAUUUUCUAUAAGUACAGAGAAUCAAACGAAAAAACUAAGGAAAUGCUAUCUUGAAAGUCUUUUAAAAAAGUAGGUUAUGUGGUAUGAUUAAGUGAAUACAAAUGCUUUAAACUAAAAAAUAAACAAUGAAAUAUCUUCAAUAUCUGAUGCAAUAGGAGAGAAGACAAUGACUUUUACCUUUUCACUUGCUGCCUUUAUAAGCGGUUUCAUAGUUGGAUAUAUAAAGUAGAAAUUGAAUUUAAUUUUAGGGGUUGGAAACUAGCUUUAGUAAUCACAUCAGCUUUGCCAAUAUUAGCAAUAACCAUUGCUUUUAUUGGCUUUUCAGCAUCUUGGAGAGAAUAAUUCACAUUAAAAUCAGAUAUUGAAUCUUCAGCAGUAGUUGAAGAAACUCUAAGUUAGAUUAAAACUGUAAAAAUGCUUGAUGGAGAAGAUUUUGAAUAUUAAAGAUUUAAAAAGAUAAUAUAGCAUUCAUCUAAAACAAUAAUCAAAUAUGGAUUAUAUUAUGGUUUGUCAUUUGGAUCUAUGUCUGGAUUUCAACAAUGGACUUAUGCUUUAGGAAUAUUUUAUAGUGGUUAAUUAGUUUCAAAUUAAGUAUUAACUAAAUAUUAUAAAUAGGUGGACAUCAAUUAUACAGGUCCAGUAUAUACAUCUGGUAGUAUUUGUACAGUGUUUUUUGCAAUUCUAAUGGGAAGCUUUUCUUUAGGAUAAAUCGGUCCUUGUUUAUAGAGUUUUGCCAAAGGAAAAUUGGCAGCUAAAGAAGUCUUUAAAAUUUUAGAUGAGAAACCAAAUGUUGAAGAAAAUAAUGAAUGCAUAAAUUUAAAUAGUGUUAGUGGUGAUAUUUAGUUUAAAAAUGUCUCAUUUGCUUAUCCUUCAAAAUAAGACAUAUAAGUGUUAAAGAACGUUACUUUUACUAUUCCAUAAGGUAAGAAGGUCGCAUUUGUAGGAUAGAGUGGAUCAGGGAAAUCUACAAUAUCUUAAUUAUUGCUUAAGUUUUAUGAAAUUGAUAGUGGAGUAAUUUUCAUAGGUAAUAAUGAAAUACCUUUGAAUUAGAUUGGGAAAUAAUAAUUUAGAUAGAAAAUUGCUAUUGUUUCUUAAGAACCUGCUUUAUUUAAUACAACAAUUAGAGAAAAUUUGAAAUUAGGUAAUUAGAGUUGUAGUGAUGAAGAAUUAAAAGAAAUGUUAAUAUCUAUGAAUGCAUCAGAAUUAAUUGAUCAUUUAGAUACUAAUGUAGGAAUAAAUGGAAAUUAAUUUAGUGGUGGUUAAAAAUAGAGAAUAGCAUUGGCAAGAGCAUUGUUAUAAAAACCAGAAAUAUUAAUUUUGGAUGAAGCAACUAGUGCACUUGAUAGAACAAAUGAAUAAUAAAUUACUAAAAUAAUAGAUGAAAGAUAUGCAAAUUUAACUAGAAUUGUUAUUGCUCAUCGUUUAACUACUAUUUAAGAUAGUGAUAUUAUUUUUGUUUUUUUAUAAGGAUAGAUUUUAGGAUAAGGUACACAUACAGAAUUAUUAUAAAAUUGUGAAUAAUAUGCUUAUUUAAUCUCAAAAUAAUAAACAAAAGAGGAAACAAAUUUAUUACCUACUUAAACUAGUAUAGAAGUUGAAUUAAUUAGAAAAAGAACAGAUAGGUCACCUAAAAAGACUUAAAUUUUUGAUAUUAAUCAAUCUGAAAAAUCAAGGAUUAGAUUAAUUGAUACAGAAAAUGAGAUUGCUAAAUUAUCAAUAGCUAGAUAAGAAACAUAAUAAAAAUAAGAUACAGUAGAAAUAAAAAAUGAAAAAUCAUUUACUUAAACUUUGAAGAGUCUCAUAUUACUUAAUUAUAAUGAAAUACAUUAUUUAAUUCUUGGUUGUUUAACAGCAUUUGUUAAUGGAUCAAUCUAUCCAUUAUUCUCUCAAGUAAUAGCUGAAGUAAUAGAAGCUCUAUUAAUUAAUAAUCCAUAAUUUAAUAUUGAAAAUAGUACACCAGAAUAGAUUCAAGAAAAAGUUGAUGCUUUAAAAGAAUCUAUUCUAAAAUGUGAAACAAAUUUAUUUAUUUUAGGAUUUGUUUAUUUUAUUUCAACAACCAUUGAAUGUUUUUGCUUUAGUGUUUAUUCUGAAAGAUUAACUAUAAGAAUGAGAUUAGAAAUGUUUAAUAAAUUCUUACAUCUUCCUGUAUCAUUUUAUGAUAAUCCCAAUAAUAAUGUGGCAUUUUUAACUUCUAGAGUCACUACAGAUGCAAGAACAGUUUAAUAACUAUUUUAAAAUAUUAUUGGUUUUAAAUGUUAAUAUUAUUCUGCUAUUUUAGUAGGAUUUACAUUAGCAUUUGUUUCAUCUUGGAAACUUACUUUAUUAGCAAUUGGAGUUGCUCCUCUCUCUUAUUUUGGAAGUAUAUUAAGUUCAAAAUAUGUGGUUGGUUCAUAAUAAUCAUUUUGUGAAAAGGUUUAUGUCACAUGUAAUAGGAUCUUAAUGGAAUCUUUAACUAAUAUUAGAACUGUUUAUUCAUUAAGAGCUGAAAAUAUAUUGGUUGAAUAAUACACAAGACUUUUGGAAGAACCAAGUAAUAAAGCAAAAAAAUUAGGUGCUUGGAUUGGAGUCAGUUCAGGAUAUGCAUAAAUGAAACCAUUUCUUGUUAAUGGGUAUCUUUUCUUUAUGGGAACUCUACUUUUAUAUUAUGAUGGUUUAGCUGUACUUGGAAUCUAUUAGACAAUUUUAGCUAUUAUAUUUGCUGUUGUUGGAGGUGCCAAGGAUGUUUAUUUUCAAUCUGACAACUCUAAAGCUCAAAUUUGUAUCAACUAUUAUUUGAAUCUAUUAGAAGUGGAGGAUGAAUUCUAAAGAGAAAUUAGAUUAAAAUCAUCUAGAUUGAAAAUACCUAUUUUAGGUAAUUUGGAAUUUAAAGAUGUUAUUUUUAGUUAUCCCUAAAGAUAAAAUAUAUUAGUACUCAACAAUUUAAAUCUCAGAAUUGAUGCAUGUUCUACAGUUGGUUUUGUAGGUUCUUCAGGAUGUGGCAAAUCUACAUUAUUUUAACUUUUAUUGAGAUUCUAUGAUGUAGAUUCUGGAGAUAUAUUAUUAGAUGGUAAAUCUAUUUAUGAUUUUGAUCUAAAAUAUUUAAGGUAACAUUUUGCAAUUGUACAAUAAGAACCACAAUUAUUUAAUGAAUCAAUUUACUAUAAUAUAAAAUAUAAUCUUAAAAGUAUUACUUAAGAAGAUAUUGAGAAUGCAUCUAAAUUAUCCCAUGCUUAUGAUUUUAUUAUGCAAGAGGAUUUUGGAGGUUUUUAAAAGAAAGUUGGUAGUAAAGGAAGUUUGAUUUCAGGUGGUUAAAAAUAAAGAAUUGCUAUUUCAAGAGCUCUUCUAAGAAAUUCAAGUGUAUUUUUAUUUGAUGAAGCUACAAGUGCAUUAGAUUCUAAUGUAGAAUCAAUAGUUUAGAAAUAAUUAGAAGAAUAUCUGAUUGGGAAAACAUCCAUUGUAAUAGCUCACAGAAUAUCAACAAUUAAGGUACAUUUUAUAAUAUAUUGUAGAAUUGUAAAGUCAUUUAUGUUUUUGAUAAAGGUUAGGUUAUUGAAUAAGGAGACUAUAAUUAUCUUGUAAGUUAAAAGGGUCAUUUUUAUCAUCUCGAAUAAGGUCUCCUUAAUUAGGAUCAAUAAAAUGAAAUGAGUUUCUAAUAAGAAGAUAAUGAUGUAUGA